UGCAAGCUUGACUUCAUUUGAGAACUGCUAACCAAGCAGGUGCAAGGACCUGCAACAUGUCACGAAUAUACCAGCAGGGGGCUCUCUUCAUUCAGAUUGUACUGCUCUUCUCCGGCACUUAUUGCCAAUACAAUUUACAGCCAAACAGAGACAACUGUUGCAUUUUAGAUGAACGAUUUGGGGAAUACUGUCCAACUACAUGUGGAGUCUCAGACUUCUUAGGCAGAUAUCAGUCAGAGGUUGACACAGAACUGCAAUACCUCGAAGGACUGCUAGGCAGAAUCAAUAAUGAUACCUCAGACACAACGGUAAUCGUAGAGGACAUACGGCUAAUUGGGAGGAGGCCGGCAACAUCUCCACAAACCACUGAAAACCCAACUCAGAAAUCCAGAAAUAUGUUGGAUGAUAUUUCAAGAUAUGAACAGACAGUUGUGCAGAAUGAACAGAGCAUACAAUACCUGCAAGAUUUACUAACUACCAACACAGAAAAAAUUGCCCUAUUAAAACAGAAGAUUGGAAGCUUGGAAGUACAAUGCCAACAGCCAUGCAAAGAAAGCGUUCAAAUCCAGGAAAUAACAGGAAAAGAUUGUCAAGAUGUUGCAAACAAAGGUGCACGUGUCAGUGGUCUCUACUACAUCAAGCCUCUUAAAGCCAAACAACAAUUCCUUGUUUAUUGUGAAAUUGAUUCAUCUGGCUUAGGAUGGACUGUUAUACAAAGGAGGCUUGAUGGUAGUGUGGACUUCAACAAGAACUGGAACCAGUACAAAGAAGGAUUUGGAUACUUGUCUCCAACAGACACAACAGAGUUUUGGUUGGGAAAUGAGAAGACACACCUUCUAAGUACACAGAGUACAAUUCCAUAUGUUCUCCGGAUAGAGUUGGAAGACUGGAGUGGUCAGACAAGCACAGCCGAUUAUGCCACGUUCAGACUGGGUGCUGAGAAGGACAAUUACAGGCUGACCUAUGCUUACUUCAUUGGUGGUGAAGCUGGAGAUGCCUUUGAUGGAUACGAUUUUGGAGAUGACCCCAGUGACAAGUUCUUUACUUCUCACAAUGGCAUGCAGUUCAGUACAUUUGACAAAGAUAAUGAUAAAUUUGAAGGAAACUGUGCUGAACAAGAUGGCUCUGGCUGGUGGAUGAACAGAUGCCAUGCUGGCCACCUUAACGGCAAAUAUUAUCAAGGUGGUACUUACAGUGAAGCUGACGCUCAACCUACUGGCUAUGACAAUGGUAUCAUUUGGGUAACAUUUCGCACUCGCUGGUAUUCAAUGAAGAAAACCUCAAUGAAAAUCAUUCCUUUUAACCGAUAUGGAACAGAUGGUGGACAGCAGUUUAUAUCUAAGGGAUCUAAGGUCGGGUCUGAAGGCCGAGGAGAUAUAUAAUAUUGUUAAACACUGACAUUUACAACACACCACCUUGACUUUGUAUCUACAGUCUAUAUGAUUCUCCAGACUUCAUGUUUUUCAGUUAACUAUGUUUACAAUAAAAUACCCAAAGUAUGUGAAGAUAUGCUUCAUUUUGACACAACUGUGUGGAUUAAGUCAUGGAAAAUUCAGACAAGUUUAAUGUAAAAUAUUGUAUGUUUGUGUUUGAGACAAAACCACUAAGAAAAAUCCAUACACAUUGGCAUUUAUUUAAAAAUGUAUUUCCCUUCAAGCAUUUUAGAUACUAUAUCAAUAAAUGGAGUACAACCUCUUUAUUUACAACA